AUGGCGAAGAUCCCGAUCGCGAUCCAGAAAGCUGGCUGCGUGUAUAAUGCGAGCCAAAAGAACCUGCAUGAUUCACAAGUCAGCAUAGCGCUCCCAAUCCUAUCGCGCCCAAUCCUAGGCCUUUCAUACGCCGAAAUUCCUAGCAGUGUUUUGCACGACAAGAAUGUCAACACACCUUUUAUCCGUAGCAUUCUGCACAACGCCUCCAUCAGCUCCGCUCCUAUCCUGGCUCUCAAAUACCCAAUGGCUAUCCCCCGUUGCGGCGACGUGAAAGCCCUUAUUCACCCUUCCUGGUGGUUGCGGUCUACUUACAUGGCUGAAGCCCUUGGCGUCUCAUCGGCCGUGAUAACUCUAGCCUCAACGGCAUAUAAAUCUUGUCAGACUCUCCACAAUGCCGUUGACGGAUACCGGAGUGCUCAUAGCCAAUUCCUCGCGCUAUCUGCAGAUCUGGAGACCUUCUACCUUGUUCUUGGAACGCUACAGGCAGCCUUGCAAGAAGAAGCAGCCUCGGCUGCAGCUGUUGAGGCAGUGAUGUCGGAGGGUCUAUCAAAAGCGCUCGAAGAAAGUAUGGAUGUCUUUAAGAGGAUCUCUGCUGUCGUCCAAGCCUUCGGGGCCUCAAGAACCGCUGAGCGGAGCUCUCUUGCCGGAACUUUACAAAAAGCGAAGUGGGUCUUGAAUGAAAAGGCCAUCGCCAAUCUUAGAAAAGACCUCCUGGAUUGUAAAAUGAGUCUCAAUAUCGCAAUAUGCGUCACAAAUGAGUGA